GAGGCGAUCUAUCCCGUGCAGCGCCGACGCGUUCACACAAAGAAGAGGGUUCGCUUUACCAGCUUUACUAUGGCACGAUUAUCAUCCUCUCACGGCGUAUUUCAGUUUACAUUUAUGAUUAUCAUGCUCUUAAAUGACGGCACUGUUUGUAAUGUAGUGUUUCAGCCCGCGUUUAUUCUGGCAUCCGGUCCGAGAAUAUCAUCUUUUUUGGUUGGAAACGUAUCUGGCAUUUCCUUCAGCCUCAGAUCCGUUUCAUCAUCAAAUGCAACAGGUAGCAUCCCGUCUUCAUCCUGCGGGCCAGGUUUCCAAACACAGUGGAAUCUAUCAAAUGAAUUAAUUGGGAAGAAUGCCAUCCAGGUGCGACUGUGUCUGAACCGCAGUCUGCAGCUGUGUGGGAAUGAAGCAUCUGUCCCGGACUGCUGCCUGGAGCCACUGUGUCUCCAGGAGACUCUCCUCUUGUCUGCAUGCGUGGGUGAAACCCCCAAAGCCUCACUCAUUAUACAGACCCAGAUUUAUGCCCAGAUUGUCCCCAACAAACCCCCGUCUGAAAAUAAAACUGUCGUUCCCAACCAAGUGUUUGAGCCUCUGGGCCGCUGCCCGUGUGAUGUUUCUCCAGGCGUGUGUGACAUACGCUGCUGUUGUGACCAGGACUGUACUCAAGAAGCUCUGGGGUUGUUUAUGUCUCAGUGUCUUCCUGGACCUUUCGGGGGAAAUUUCAGUACUGUUCCAGAGUAUCAGUGCUCAGCUCAGUCCUCUGGAAAUGACCCUGAUUGGUUCCCUUUUCUGUGCGUCACCUCCCCUUCAGACAACAACCCCUUUCUGGGACUUUUCUACAAUGGUGGGACAGUCUCUCCAAAGCCUCGUCCAUCAUUUCAAGCCCUGCGGAUGACAGCUCCUGUCCCUGCCAUUAGCUACCGCCAGGGCGAUCCAAUAUUCACUAAGGAUGAGCAGUAUUUCACCGUCCCACAGAAGUCUGGACUGGGCCAGUGUGCAGAAAAUGCUCCAGUGGCCUUUUUGGAAAACUUUGAGUCUCGGUGCGUGAGGAGAUUGGAGUCCUGUCCACCUGCUUCUGAUGACCUGAGAGUGGAUAUUAAAGAUGGACUGGGAGGUAUAAUCACAGUCAGCGUUGUGGAUGAAAUUGCUGAUGACCUCAGAUCAUUUCUGUCAAAUUCUCGUGAGCCUGUAUCUGUGCCACAGCAGUGUGCCGUUGUUGUGGCCUUGCGUUACACUCUUUACUGGAGCGAGAACGGCCUCACUGACGUUACUGUGACACGGACCUCUGGGAACAUCACCGUACCCGUGUCUCUGACCCGAAUAUACUCUGUGGUGUUUGUGAAUGGAAAUGAAACAUCUCAGCCGAAUUCUAACAAUACAGGUUACCAGGUGAAGAGGCCAGUGAUUGGUGGCAUUUUAGACUUUGAUACAGAAGUAAUACAGAGGGCCCAGAUCAAUCAGUGGCAACCAGGUGGAGAUGGCCUGUGCUCCUCUGCUGAAUUGAAACCAGUUCUGUUUGGGAUCAACUCCUCAUCAGGCUGUAUGAUUCCUGCGAGUCUGCUGAACGUGACGCAGUGCAGUCUUUUGAGAGAAGCAGUACGUGAUGUCCUCGCUGAAUUGGUGUCUGCUACACUCGUCUCCACAACAGGAAAUCCAAACUUUUCCAACUUAUCAGACUGGGUCAACAUUACUACUUCAGUGCAGAACUCCAGUCAGCCAGCAGAGAGCAGCACUGGAGAGUGCUCAGCUGUUCCCACCCACCUCCGCAUCCACGUGUGGAGCGGCAUCAUGGGAAGUGGGCAGGGAUCGCCUCAGACGUUCAUCCAAGCAAUGGAGAUUAGUUUCGUAGAAACAUCAUGGAGGAUAGAGUGUGGUAUGGGCAAGGAGAACUCCUGUUUAAACCCAGAGCUAAUGCAAAAUUUCCCCGUGACCUCGUCUGUGACCUUUACUGACAAUCCUCUUAUCACACAACCCCCUAGAUCCAGGUUCAGUAUUAACUUCACUGAGUUUGACUGUGACAGGAACGAUGUGUGCUGGCCUGAGCUGGCCUUCCCUCUCACGAGAUACUAUACCGGUGAGCCGUAUUCUGAGGCUUUGGCUAAAGGUCUCAUCCUAGUAUUCUUCUUCAUCGCUGCGUCUGUUUUAGGAACGCCGUGGAGACAAAUCAGACAGGCAUGGAAUACUGCUUCAUUAUGAAAGCCAGCAAAAGAUUAUCUAUUAAAUCGAAUUUGAUGUUCAGUUGUAAAUAGGUGUAAAUACAUAAUUUAUUGUCCUUUUCUGGUUUAUAUAAAAUAUGAAUAACUUAAAGAUUUUGUAGUCACAUUUAUUAUGUAUAAAGAAGUUUUGUAUUU